AUGGCAUCAAGAGAUCUGGAGCUCUUGAUUCCCGUUUCAAGCAUUUCAGAAAAUGGCCCCAAAUCAUCUGCUCCUUCAUCUCCUAGCGUUACGUCCACCCAAAAUCACUCUAGCCAUGAGGCGUUUUCAAAAGUGAUUCGCAGUUGGGCAUCAAAAAAGUUUAUGUCAGGAUGUGUCAUCCUCCUUCCUAUCGCAAUAACAUUCUAUGUCACAUGGGGAUUUAUUCGCUUUGUUGACGGUUUCUUCUCCCCUAUAUAUAAUCAUCUAGGAAUUAAUAUUUUUGGUCUUGGAUUUAUUACUUCCAUCACUUUCAUAUUUUUGGUUGGAAUUUUCAUGUCAUCAUGGUUAGGAACUUCAGUUCUUACCCUUGGUGAAUGGUUCAUCAAGAAAAUGCCUCUUGUAAGCUAUAUAUAUGCUGCCUCUAAGCAAAUAAGUGCAGCAAUAUCACCGGAUCAAAGCUCCAAGGCUUUCAAAGAAGUUGCCAUCAUAAAGCAUCCUCGUGUUGGUGAGUAUGCACUUGGGUUCAUCACUUCUUCAGUGGUUCUAAGGAACAGAGAUGAGAAAGAGCUUUUUUGUGUUUACAUUCCCACCAAUCACUUGUACCUUGGUGAUAUUUAUCUCAUCAGCCCAGAGGAUAUUCUAAGACCUAAUUUGUCUGUUCGUGAAGCCAUAGAAAUUGUUAUAUCUGGCGGCAUGUCAAUACCUCAAAUAUUGACCACUGUGGAUGCUGAUCAUGCCAAAUUUGCUCCAAGAAAGCCAACCUAUGAAUCAAAAGUAUAAUAAUAA